AUGCCGCAGGCACCAGUCGAGAAAUCCGACGAAGUCAGCGCGACCGGUUUCUUUGGCGGCCUCUUUGGAUUGGGAAAUCUGUUUGGCACAAGCAAGCACUUUACAAUUUCCGAGUUCCAGUUCGAGCAUCUCGAAGAGCUCGCGCUGCUGAAUAACAUUGCUUACUGCGUGCCCGAGCCGGGCAUCACCUCGCCCUUCAACUGCACGCGUGCCUGCGAGUUCUUCAACCCCGGUGUCGAGAUCAUCACUACGUUCACAAAUACAGAGUACGAUACCUCCUGCACCGGCUAUCUCGCAGUCGACCAUCGCCCUGGGUUUGAGCGCAUCCUGCUGGUUUUCCGUGGCACAAACUCAAUGACGAAUUGGUACACAAACCUCGACACUAUCCAGGAGAGCUACCCCUCCAACAACACCGAGAGCACAGUCUGCCCUGGAUGCUACGUCCACCGCGGAUUCCUCCAUUCGUAUCUCGCGUCGAAGAUGCUCUAUAUGGAUUACCUCUUGAAUUUGACGCAGAUGUAUCCCGACUAUGACAUGCUGGUCUCGGGACACUCACUCGGUGGCGCGAUCGCCGUUCUUGCUGGCGCAGAUCUUCUCAACCUGGGUUUCUACCCCGAGAUCACGACCUUUGGUCAGCCUCGCGUUGGUAACACCUACUUUGCCGACUACUUUGACUACCUCGUCAUGAAGUCGGGCGUGGACCGCAUGCGUGUGACUCACAAAUCGGAUCCCGUUCCGCAAGUUCCCCUCGGCGCUCUCUGGCGCCACAGCGGCGACGAGAUUUACAUCUCAAAGGGACCACUCUCGCCUACUCCCGAAGACUGCUACAUCUGCGACGGCCAAGAAGACGACGACUGCUCGUCCGGCCAGGGAAUCGUCACCACCCUCGCUUUCCAGGGUCGUGAGAUUGCGUAUCGCGCGCACGUUGAGUACUUCACUCGCGUGGGCUUAUGCCGUUUCCAGAUCUAA